AUGGGAAUUGAGAUUGUGUUUCGAGAUCAAGAAAGGGAUAUUUUGUUAUCUGCAUGUAUACCACAAUCAAGUGUCAUGACAGCAACUCAAGCAGAGGCUACUACUUUAUGGAAAGCUGUGAAGAUGUGUGAUGAGCUGCAAAUGGGUGAAGUUGAAUUAGAAGGGGAUGCUUUAUGCAUUGUUAAAGCUCUGUCCAACAAACUAACAACAAAAUCCAUAAAAACACAAAUCCAUGAUGGUGAUAUAGACAGUGCCAAUGCUGUAUUUAAUGAGGCAUUGGAUAAAGGAUUGAAACCUAGUAUUGUUCUCUACAAUACCUUAGUCAAAGGGUUGUCUCAGCAUGGACUAAUUUUGCAGGCCUUGCAACUGAUGAAUGAGAUGUCAGAAAAUGGUUGCAAACCCAAUAUAUGGACUUACAACUUAGUUAUCAAUGGGUUGUGCAAGAUGGGUUGUGUCUUAGAUGCCUUUAAUCUUAUGAAUGAUGCUAUUGCUAAAGGCUACGUUCCUGACAUAUUUACCUUUAAUACUUUGAUUGAUGGUUGCAGCAAACAGAUGAAGCUGGAUGAUGCACUUGAGAUAGUAAAUAGAAUGUGGAGUGAGGGUGUUACUCCUGAUGUGAUCACAUAUAAUACUGUGUUGAACGGACUUUGCAAAGCUGCAAAGUCUAGAGAUGUGAUGGAUACUUUCAAUGCAAUGAUACAGAAAGGGUGUGUCCCUAACAUAAUUACAUAUAACAUAGUUGUAGAGAGCCUGUGCAAAGCUCGAAAAGUAAGUGAAGCUUUCAAAAUGAGUUUUGUUCCCUCAACAAAAUGA